UCCUCCAAUUUUGAGAAGGGCAAUAAGAUACCAACACAUUACCAAUUCGAAUCAUUCUCGAGUCAACUAUGCGCCCUUUCUCUUUUCACCGUCUACUCUUCAUUCACUCUUACUAGCGCCGCCGUAACGCCGAUAACCCAGAUCGUCAUGGCACAAACACAAGCUCUACUCUGCACACUCUCUUCUUUCACUCGCCAUCUUCCCUCUCCCAGCCUCAACCUCCGACGCCGUUCCGUUGCCUUUUCCCUUUCAAUUUCUCCCUUUACGCGAAGAACCACUACCGCGAUAUCUGCUGCAAACGUCACCGUUUCCUCGAAUGCAGCAACGUCCAUUCAGUCCGUAACCCAGUUGAUCGAAUCGUUAAUUGAGGGGGUCGACUUAUCGGAAGCCGAAGCCGAAGCGUGUCUUGACUUGUUGUUGAACGAAGCCAACGAGGCUCUGAUCAGCGCCGUUCUCGUGCUUCUAAGAGCCAAAGGAGAAACUUUUGAAGAAAUUGUGGGGUUAGCGAGGGCAAUGAUCAAACAUGCGAGGAAGGUUGAGGGUUUGGUUGAUGUGGUUGACAUAGUUGGAACUGGAGGGGAUGGUGCCAACACUGUUAACAUUUCCACCGGGGCUUCGAUUCUUGCCGCGGCUUGCGGUGCCAAAGUUGCGAAGCAAGGAAACCGAUCGAGUUCCUCUGCGUGUGGGAGUGCCGACGUGUUAGAAGCGUUGGGGGUGGUUAUUGACUUGGGUCCUGAGGGGGUAAAGAAGUGUGUGAAUGAAGCUGGAAUUGGGUUUAUGAUGUCUCCAAAGUAUCAUCCGGCGAUGAAGAUUGUCAGGCCUGUAAGAAAGAAGCUAAAGAUAAAAACUGUAUUCAAUAUAUUGGGUCCCAUGUUGAAUCCAGCACAGGCACCUUUUGCAGUUGUUGGAGUAUACACAGAAGACUUGGUCUUCAAAAUGGCCAAAGCACUCCAUAGAUUUGGCCUGAAAAGAGCUUUAGUUGUCCACUCUGAAGGUUUGGAUGAAAUGAGUCCUCUUGGACCUGGUAUAGUGCUUGACGUUACUCCAGAUAGGGUUGAUAAGUUUGCAUUUGAUCCUUUGGGGUUUGGCAUUCCUCGGUGUAAUAUUGAAAGCUUAAGAGGUGGUGGCCCAGAAUACAAUGCAGAGGUUCUGAAGCGUGUUCUAGGUGGAGAAAGAGGACCUAUUGCAGAUGCUUUGGUUCUGAACGCAGCGGCAGCUCUCUUGGUCAGCGGCCAUGUAAAGAACCUAGCUGAAGGCGUGUCCGUGGCGCGUGAAACCCAACAAGCAGGAAAGGCUCUCAAAACUCUCAACAUGUGGAAGGAUAUUUCAAAUACAAUUAAAAUGGUGUAGCUAUUGAAUAUGCCUGAAUAGUUUGUGUGAAUCACGAUUGAGUUUUGUACUUGAUUACUGGAUUCAAACAUGGAGGAGCUUGGAAGGCCUCAUACAUGUAUUGCAGAAGAGACGUACAAAAUAAUGUAAUUUAAUGUGUUGAAAAAGUAUUUAUCUUUCAUUACUGUGCAAAAAGGUUUUACAAUAGGAAAGGAGGAUAAGAAUUUAGCAUGUUUUCGUUCAAGGAAAAUAAAAAGUGGCAUAAUAUUUUAUUAAAAAAUUGUGUAUUGGAUGUUGUAAUUUUUAAUAAAAAUUUAUUAUAUAGAUUUUAAUUGUGUCCU